AUGCUGGAAUUAUGGAAUUAAAGACAAGAAACCCGAACAAUAGGCACUAAGGCUUUGGAAGUCAAAAGGCGCUUAGUGGAGCAGUUAGGAGUAAACUCUAUCUAAGUAAUUAACAAUUCACUCAAGAAUAUGAAUUAAGAGCAGAUAAGAUCAUUGCCUGUUGAUUAAAUAGUAAAUAAUCUCAAGUCAAGCAUGAAUAAUUGUGGCUAGGGAAGUGUGAGCAGCUCUGAACAAGGUAAUUAGUAAAUCAUUGGUGGCUUGAGUACAGUCUCAUAGGUCCAAUCUAACUUACACUAAAGAUAAUAAGCUAUAUAUCAAACUUACAAUCCUAAUUUGUUAAUCUAAAAUCCAGGCCCCAUAGUACAAGGCUAAUGGAACAAGGCUAAAGAUUUAUAACUAAAAACCUAUAGUCAAUCUCAAAGUCCACCUCCUUAGAUGUAACCUCAUCACAUAAAUACAGCCAAUAAUGCCUAUACCAAUCAGAUUCAGGUAACCUUUAAUCAAAACAUGGACAUUAAAACAGAUAGAAAUUUAACUGAAUAGCCUAAUCCUAAUCUGUAAAGAACUCUGCUCUCAAGAAAUAUGAAUGGACCUACUUUCAUCAAUCAUAACAAUAUUAAAAGUAGUGUCUUGCUAACUGGGAAUAAUUCUUAGGAGCAAACAAUGCAGUAUCAAAACUAUAUCAAUUAGGAUAUUACAUCAAGGACAGUAAAUAAUAAAGUUAAACCCAAUCAUCAAUCAAAUAAAAGCAACCAAAAUGUGAACAAAACUUUUGAUCUAAAGAAUGAUAAGUCUAACUUAAGCUAAUUGAUUGAUAAUAGCGCCUAAAAUUUGCUAUCUAGUGAUCAUAUCAAUGCUUAGAAUUUUGAAGCCAGAGCAUUUUCAUUAUCACCAUAAUCCUUAAAUGGCUAAAAGAUAGAUGAAUGGGGAUUACUAGCAAAGUAUUAAGAUUUUAAAGAAUAAUAAAGGACAAUGCAAGAGAGACAACAAAAGAUGCAAUAGAAAUAGAAUUUUAAACAGAAUCUUGAUAAUCAUACAGACUUGAAAGUCAAAAACACUCUGUAUAAGAAGGCAUUUGACUAAGUCAUAGACAGGAAAGUAGUAGAGUACGAUAUGAAUAUGAAGCAAAAGCAUGACGAUAUGAUUAAUAAGAGAAAUCUAGAGAGCAGAGCUAAGAGAAGAGAUUUAGAAUAGAGAGAGCUGAAAAUGAGGUCUACUAUAAUCUAAGAAAAUAAACUGAUAAAAUAGCAAGAAGAGUAAGGCUAUUUAUAGUAUUUAUCACAGUAAGAGGGAUAGUGGGGCGAGAUUUAGUAAAAAGAAAGAGAGAAGAUCAAUGUUAGUAGGAGAAUGAUCAAAGAAGGCUUAGAUAUGCAAUUGGAGAUUAAGCAGUAAAGGCGCUAAAAGCUUUAAGAAGAUGAGAAGUUUUUCGGAGCAGUUUUUAAUGCGAAGGCAGAGCUUGACAAUUAGAAAAGACAAUAGAAUCUGAUUAAAAUGAAUAAAUACAUAAAUCAGCAGGACUACAAGUCAUUGCCUUAAUAACUUGACAAGUAAAUCUAGGAUAAGCAUUAAAGGAUACAGCAGAUAGUCUAAAAUGAUAUUUCUUAUGCUGAAUAAGUAAAGAAGAAAGAGUAAGAGUACUAUGAGCAGAUGUAGUAGUAGUCAUAAUAGAAGCAACAACAAGUUUUGAACCUUAAAUAACUGCUCUAGUAACAAAUAAAAUCUAAUUCCAAAAGGUCAAUGGGGAAAGGUGACCUUAACUAUUCCGCUCUGAAUGGAAUGAAUGAAAGGGAAAGACUGCUUAAUAAACAAUAAUUAGAGGAGAUGUACCAUGCCUACUAGAAUAUGAGCCAAGUAUAAGGGUAGAAUUCUCAAAUAGCGAACAGUGAUGCUAAUAUACUCAAUACUCGUUAGUAACCAAUGCAGUCAUAAUCUAGAUCAGAGAAUAGAUAAGCUAGUAAAGCAAUAGUUAAUGUUUAAAAUAAAGGUGAUGGAUAAGGCAUUUCUUAGAUUGGGCAAAGAGUUUAAGCAAAUGGUAAAAACCCACUAAGAUAGAGUGAAAGUAAACUUUAGGAUAUUGAGUUUGAACUACCAAAAAUUGAUUUGAUGAGAAGAAAUAGAGAAUUUAGGCCAAUUUAGUGA